CAGUGUGCAUUGUGUGCAGAGCAGAAGGAAGACCCGUUUGCCCCAAGUCAUCACCACCAGAAAGAUCCCACAUCCACCUAAACGGCUCAACCAUGACUUCAAGAGAUUACUACACUUCCUCCUACAAGAAGAUCUUUGGAGAUUCACCCAGGUCCUCCUCUCACCUGUAUGGCACCACCAGCAGGUCCCAGCUCUACCGACCUAGGGAUACCUACACCAGUGUGUCAUCCUACAGGAAGGUAAGCAGGUCCCCUGCCAGCCAUCACACCACAGCCUCCGACCACUUCGACUUAUCCCAGUCCACAGCCCUAAGCAAUGAGCUGAAGAUAGUCAGGACCAACGAGAAAGAGCAACUGCAAGGGCUCAAUGACCGUUUUGUCACUUACAUUGAGAAGGUCCAUAACCUAGAACAGCAGAACAAGUUGCUGGAAGCAGAGGUGACCUUGCUGAGACAGAAGCAGUCAGAGCCCUCUAGGCUCAGCCAAGUGUAUGAGCAGGAGAUCCGAGAACUUAGAGCCAGGCUAGAAGAGCAACUUCAGGAGAAGGACCAAGCCCAGCUGGACUGCCAGCAUCUGGAGGCAUGUGUCAGGCAGAUGCAGGAGAAGUUGGACCACGAAGCUGGCAAAAGGGAGGAAGCAGAGGAUGCUAUGAAGAACUUAAGGAAAGAUGUAGACCAAGCCACCCUGGACCGCUUGCAGCUGGAGAAGAAGGUGGAGUCCCUGCUGGAUGAGGUCGCCUUCCUGAGGAAGGUCCAUGAAGAAGAGGUGGUUGAGCUGCAGGCUGCAGUAACAGAGGCUCAGGUGACGGUGGAAAUGGAUGUGGUCAGUAAGCCAGAUCUUACAGCUGCUCUGAAGGAAAUCCGCAUGCAGUAUGAGGUCUUGUCUUCCCGCAAUCAGCAGUCGGUAGAGGAGUGGUACCAAACCAAGAUUGCCACCGUGUCCAAGGAGGCAGAGAAGAACAACGACAAUGUGCGCCAGGCCAAGGAGGAGAUCAAUGAGUACCGGCGACAGUUACAGUCCCGGACCCUGGAGGUGGAUGCUUUGAGAAGUGCUAAUGAGUCUCUGGAGAGGCAGCUUCAAGAGGCCGAGGACAGGAACAAUGACGAGAUCACUCAACUGCAGGAGACAAUAAACCAGCUUGACAAUGCACUAAGAAACACAAAGAAUGAGAUGGCCCGUCAUCUCAGGGAGUACCAGGACCUGCUCAAUGUCAAGAUGGCUUUGGAUAUUGAAAUAGCAGCAUACAGGAAACUCCUAGAGGGAGAGGAGACCCGUUUGACCACGGUGGGUGGAGGUGGCAUGUUUAGCAUUGGCUACCCAUACUCCUCGGGUUUGUAUUCUGGAAGCAAGAGUUAUUCUACAAGUACAGUCACCAUUAAGAAAGAGGAGAAAAAAGUGUCCGAUGGAGGCAAAGGAGAUGCCAAAACCUCAAAGCCAGGAGAAGCUCCUCAAGAGAAGACCCCUCCUAAAAACUGAUUUAUAUAAUGUAUUAUGAAUCCCACCUUCUCUUACUUUUAUCUCAUUAUUUUUUAUCUGAUUUAUCAUUUUUUCAUGAGUCAGCCAUCAUGCAAUACGAUUAAAAAAGUAUGUCAAAGUAUUUAUUUAUACUAGGAUCCUGCCAUGAACAGAAACUAACUUACCCUUUGCAUUUAUGGUAUGCUAGUAAUUUAUUUGGACAUCCAAGCAACAAUAAGUUGUUUACAUUUUAUCAUGUGUAAUGCAUUAACCCCAAAUUCUAUUAAAAGUGAUAUGUUACACA